GCAGUCAAUCAUACGACACCCUCUAAACACCUUCUACCACAACAAAUCUGACGAUAGAAACACACGACGCCAUGGCCUCUAUGAUCGCCCGCCGUGCCGCUCUCUCGAGCAAGGCCUUCUCCAGCAGAACCUUCACCACCACCACCGCUCGCCGAGCUGGUGACGAGGCCCUCAAGGGCGAGACAAAGCGCAACCCCGAACUUUUCAUUCUCGGCGGUAUCAUGUGCCUCGCUCUCGGUGGUGCCGGUCUCUACUUCGGCCGAACUCCUACCAAGUCUACCUCUGAGGCCCAAGUCGGCAUGACCAAGGGCGGUAUGCCCUGGGAGUCCGGUUCCGGGGACGGCAAGUACCAGUACCACCCCGGUGGUGACACCAGCGCCGCCCCCAAGGACGCUCCCAGCGCUGUCAACGUUGUUGUCAUUCCCGAUGUCAACCUCCCCAAGAACCUGCACGACAAGUACAACAAAUGGGGCAAGGACGGCUACUAGGAUGCGAACAAGUUAUAGGUGUGCGAACACUGGAAGCAGUGUGUUAAGAGACUAAAUUAGACGACUUGGGACCUCAUUCCAUUUGUACAUAACCAAAUCAAGCAUUGGAUCAUCACUGGACGCUCAUCCCUCUUCCGAAAU